UUGCAUCAAGUUCAAUAACAAAAUUAAUUUAGAUAAUGUUGCAGCGGCCCGGCUGCAGAGGCCAGAGCAUUGAAAAAGCAACUGAAAUAUCCCUACCCCUCCAAGGACGUCCAAAAGAAAUUCAGAAAGAAUCUUAACAAAACUACUUGAUGGCACCAGAUUCUGGACUAGGAAUUUCGUUCUACGUGGCCGUCUUAGCGGUGGUAGCGGCGCAGUUUCUCAGCCCGACAGGGGGAGCGGUACCGGCGCACGAUGUAGCAGGCCAUCCGGUGACACCUGGGCCCGGUGGAAAUGUCACCGCUGGGAAUGGCACGGCACCAGUGGAGGACCAUAGCCAUCCACCACCGUAUGAAAUCGUCUUUCUCUUCGGUUCAUGCGUAUUUGGAGCUCUCGUGCGGACGCUCUUCCAGAAGAUACCCAUACCUUACACCGUGGUCUUGCUCAUCCUCGGGGUAGGGCUGGGCCUGCUGUCCGAAAAGGUCCCGGAGGUAGGCGACUACACUACCUCGGUAGCCCACAUGGACCCGCACUUGCUACUGCACGUAUUCCUGCCCGUGCUCAUCUUCGAGUCGGCCUUCGCUAUGGACGUGCACACGUUCAUUAAGAGCAUUGUACAGGUAUGCAUACUGGCCAUUCUAGGACUCAUCUUCGCUUCGGCACUGACGGCAGUUUUGGCAAUGUACGUCUUCUCCUACAACUGGUCGUUCAGCGUGAGCAUGAUGUUUGGUGCCAUCAUGAGUGCAACGGAUCCCGUUGCCGUGGUGGCGCUGCUCAAAGAUCUCGGAGCAUCAAAACAACUGGGAACCAUAAUCGAAGGCGAAUCGCUCCUCAAUGAUGGUUGUUCUCUCGUCAUCUUCAAAGUCUGCAGAGAUAUCUCGGUGCCAAAUCAUGGUGCAACCGCAUCCAGUGUGGCAUUGUACUUUCUUCGAGUCGCCCUGGGAGGUCCCGCCUUCGGCUUUGCCAUGGCCAAGGUGACCACUGCCUGGUUAUCCUACAUCUUCAACGACGCCAUGGUGGAGAUCACCAUCACGCUGGCCUCCACCUACUUGACUUUUUACUUCGGUGAGUCGGUGUUGGGCGUGUCCGGGGUGCUGGCUGUCGUGGUUCUUGGGCUCAUUGUUAACGCCGAGAGGACUGCCAUCAGUCCAGAGGUGGAGGUUUUCUUGCACAGAUUCUGGGAGAUGUUGGCUUACCUUGCCAACACGCUCAUCUUCAUGCUCGUUGGCCUGGUCAUCAUCAAACACGCCCUGGCGAAUGUGGAGCCCAUUGACUGGUUUUACGUGUUUGCCCUAUACGUUGGUGUCAACAUAAUACGGGGCUUUGUCAUCGCAGUGUUUAGCCCCAUCCUCUCCCGCGUCGGGUACGGGCUCAGUUGGCGCAACGGGGUCAUCAUGACGUGGGGAGGCCUCCGCGGUGCCGUGGGUCUGGCGAUGGCCCUCCUGGUCACCCAGUCCGAGGAGCUGGACUCCCAGGUCAUUGGCAGCAAAGUGCUGUUUCACACGUCGGGAAUUGUGGUACUCACGCUGGUCAUCAACGCUACCACGAUCCAGUUCCUGCUGAAGCUUCUGGGUAUGAGCGACAUAUCCAUACCGAAAAGGCUUGCUAUGGCUAACGCUGUGAAACGCAUCCAGGAGGGGCAAGCGCGCACCUUUGCAAUGCUGAAGGCAGACCGCUUCCUGGCUGACGCCGACUGGAACAUUGCCGUGAAGGCAGCCGAGAUCCAAGACCCGUACAAGACGCUAAAUGAGGAGGAAGGGAUGAGCAAAGAGGCCAUGAGUCUUGCCCAGCGGUUCAGCGUCUGCCCUAGCUGCCACACCGACGUACCCAAUGAGCCAUCGCCUUUAGAGUACGCUGAGAUGAUGGACGAGGCCAGACUGAGAAUGCUCAAAGCGGAACAAGUAAGCUACUGGAAGCAGUUUGAGCACGGCAUGCUCUCCCGGGAAGCGGUCCGCGUCCUGGUCGGUUACACAGAGACGGCAGCUGACGAGGAGGGAGGUUUCAUCAGCGUGUCCGACCUGAAGAAGAACUGGGAGAUCAAGGGAAUCUAUCCGUACCUGAAACGCAAAUUGGAGGAGAUUGUCCGGGGUAAGAAGACCGAGGAGAUCCCCGAAGCACGCUUCGCCCUCUCCCGCCUCAUGUUCAAAGUCAGCAGCCACGUGGCCUUUGAGGUCAGUAUCAUGGCAAUCAUCAUACUCAACAUGAUCCCCAUCAUCAUGGCCUUCGUGGUGCAGGAAGAACACCCGUUGUACCCUCAGUACAAACCGGGCCUGAAGAUCAGCAAUUACGUGUUCACCUCCAUCUACACGCUGGAAGCCAUAGUCAAGGUGAUUGGCUGGCGUAAGUACUACAUCUUCAGCAACUGGAACAAGUUUGACUUCUUUAUUCUGGUCAUGUCUUUCAUCGACAUCAUUCUCGACGAGACCAUUGGCGACAAUAAGGGGUUUAACCCCUCCCUGCUGAAGGUGGUGAAGCUGAUCCGCCUCCUCCGGGGCCUAAGGAUGCUCCGCCUUUUUAAGGUUCUUCUACCGAAGCUGGUCAACUUCCUCAAUGGCCGCAUCAACCUGCAGCUCUCCCUAGGUUAUGACGUGGGCAAGGGCUUCGUGCUUGGCGAGGAAGAAGUCAGCAAGCUUAUUGACCGACUCGUCGACAACGACAACAUUCUCAGCUACCUCAAGAACAUCUCGGAGACCAAUCGGCUAGAGUGCAUCAAAGAGCUAGGAAUGUUGCAGCGUGUACACCCUGGUAUUGCCGUGUCGGUCAAGACCAGGCAAUCUAUCCGGACGGUGUUAAACCACUCUCGCGACACCAUCCGAGAACUGCAAGGGGCCGGCUUGAUUGACGAAGGCGAGGCUCACAAGUUAGAAAAGGUUGUAGAAAUCAAGAUGAAACAACUGAUGAAUGCACCGGCCAGCAUUCCACCACCCCCUCCGGAAAACCUACUGAAAAAUGUACCGUGGAUCGAAGGAGACAAGAAACUCAUUGAUUUCAUCAAGGCACGUGCGGAGCUACUCCACUUUGACUAUGGGGAUGUGAUUGUGAAGGAGGGUGACAAACCCAAUGGAAUUUAUCUCAUCGUGUCCGGACUUGUCAAGCUUUUUGGUCAGAGUGAGUAUCUUGACCAUGAGCUCGCCAGUCACCACUCAGUGAUGGCGGCGAGCGGCCACGGCCGUUUCGAGGACUAUCUCUCUGUCGGCAACGUCAUCGGUGAGAUGGGUGUGCUGACUGGGAGGCCGAGGAACGCAACAGUUCAGUGUGAAACAACCGUACAGGUUUAUUUCAUCAACUUGGAGGACAUGGAAGUGGCUCUGGAGACCUUCACCUUACACCCGUCGCUUCUAUAUCGGUUGUGGCGCAUCAUUGCCAUUCGUAUUGCGACACCUUUGAUGCUCGAGCAGAUAGCGUACCAGGGCUGGACUCUAGAAAAGAUCAAAUUACACUUGGAAAGAGGCUACUUACCUGACUUGGAGGAGGAAGGGUAUUCCUUUGAAAUCGACGAUAACGUGGAUGAUGUAAUCUUGAUUCAGGCCAAAGCAACUGAUGCUCACACCCGUGACGAGCUCUGCGCCCCGCAUGUCAUCCCGCGCUCCGUCCACCGCCUCACGUUCAAGAAAGACAACCAACACGAACCCAAGAUCCUUGUUGUGCCGAACCAGACGAUGACGCUGCCGGUUCUCGACGGUGCAGUCAGCGCCCACGGCUCCGUGAUAUCGGUGGCCGGCAUCCGCAGCAAUCUGUGUCUCCGCCAUGCCUCCCGACUCCGCCUGCACAACACCCAGUCCGGGAUCAGUAGCAGCGGUGGGAUCAACAAAGAUUCCUCCAGUGCCAAGAAACUCGAUGGUCCCCUGCCACCCCCUAAGGGAGGAUUCCCCCUAAGAAACCUUGAGCCGCUUGAUCCUAUCGGGUAUCCCUCCCCCGUCAAAGGUCAGAACGGUAUGACUUACGUGGAUGACGCCGUCUAGGUACAAACAAUUGCUCUCCUGGUAAAUGUACUGAGACCAAGAACUAGCCAACGAUUUGAUAGAAUGAACCCAAGUCAGAGUGCUCCUCUGGGAGACUACCAGAAAACACGAAGUUUAACUACACCAACAGAGGAUAUUCGAAGCUUGGACAAAUUGUAACCCUGUGUAUUGGUUGGAACUCUGAAAAGGACGUGUAAGAUCUGUCUCCCGAUGACACAUAUACAUUGUAUACAGGUACACAAACGGUUGAUAUAUCUCUGAGCUGACUAUGACAGUUUCGCAACAUUUCGCUUUUCUUUUCUCUUUUUUGACAUAAUUACAAUCACCUUCAAGCUGAGAAUAUGUCUGUUCAAUUUUGCUGGGCUAGAACAAGCAAGGGUAAAGCCUAUCCUCAAAGAGUUCAAAUAAUUGACGUCCAUAGCUGGAAAUAGAUAUCUAAAGCAAUAAGGGCCUGGGCAAAAUCUCUUAUAUUGAUAAAUCAAAUUCUGAAGGCUUCCAACAGAACACUUUGUAACAAGCAUUACAAAAAAAUAAAUAAACAACCCAAUUGUAAAACGUCAACCUAAUUGUAAACGUGUAAUGCUUACGUUGUAGCAACACGCCUUGCCAAGUCUUGUAAUAAAGAGGCGAAAGCAACGGUGAAAAAUCUCAAAA